AUGAAUUUGUAUUAUGACCGGAUAUUCCCAUUCAAUCUUUUAUAUAAAUGGUUAACACAUUCAAGUAUGAACACGACGGCCAACUCGAUAGAUUCUCUCUCUUUUGUAGAAGAUGGAGAUUCACAAUUGUUGUCAUGUCGUGAAUUUUCAAUGAGCGUAUCUCGUGAUGAGGACGAAUUCUAUAUGAGAUGGCACUCAUUCCCAAAUGGAGAGGCAUUGAAGAAAAAACUCUUGUCAAUGUCUCCUCCCCCUCAUAAAAUCGACAUUGGAGCAAUUUACAGUCUACCAGUAGGUCGUGCCAAGAUUUUGAUGAAAGUUUCUCAAAAAGAGUCAGGAAAUCAUUUUUUUCCGAAAGAAAAGGAAAUUGUUUUGGACAUCGACAUGAAUGAUUAUGAUGAGAUUCGCACUUGUUGCAAAGAUAAGAAAAUUUGUCAAAAAUGUUGGAGAUUUUUGGUCAUUGCGAUGGACAUGUUGGAAGCAACAUUACGAGAAGAUUUGGGGUUUCGGCAUCUUCUAUGGGUGUUUUCUGGCCGCAGAGGCGUUCAUUGCUGGAUUUGUGACGCAGCAGCUAAAAAAUACCCAACUGUUUACCGCCAAGCCCUCGCUGAUUAUCUUAAUAUCGUUACAGUGAGGAUCAAUUCUCAUUAA